AUGCCACCUGUCCUGAUUCUUCUGACCCUACUUCUGCCUCUUGAAGCUGGAGCAGAGGAGAUCAUCGGGGGCCAUGAAGUCAAGCCCCACUCCUACCCCUACAUGGCGUUUAUUCAGUCUGUGAAAGCGGACGGAAAUAUCAGUUACUGCGGAGGCUUCCUGGUUCAAGACUACUUUGUGCUGACGGCUGCUCACUGCGAAGGACAAUCAAUGACAGUCAUGCUGGGGGCCCACAACAUCAAGGCUAAGGAGGAUACCCAGCAAAUCAUCUUUGUGGAAAAAGCCAUCAGCCAUCCAGCUUAUAAUAAAGUAGAUUAUUCCUACGAUAUCAUGCUAUUGAAGCUGAAGAGCAAGGCCAAGAGAACUAAAGCUGUCAGUACCCUCAUGUUGCCCCAGAGCAAUGCCCAGGUUAAGCCGGGGGAUGUGUGUCAUGUGGCUGGCUGGGGGUUAACGUCCAUCAACGGCACUAAAGCAUCUUCCUGCCUACGAGAGGCUGAACUGAUCAUUCAGGAGGACCAGGAAUGCGAAAAAAUUUUCUACAACUAUUUCAAGACCAUAGAGAUUUGUGCUGGAGACCCAAACAAUGUACAGGAUGCUUCAAAGGGUGACUCCGGGGGACCCCUCGUGUGUGACAACAGAGCUUAUGGAGUUAUAGCCUAUGGGAAAAAAGGGGAAAUCUCUUCAGGAGUCUUCACCAAGGUUGUGUACUUCCUGCCGUGGAUAAGCAGAAACAUGAAGCUCCUCUAACAGGUUAAUACCUGUGCCCAACCAGCCUUUCUGACCUCAGGCAAGAACCACGAUGAGUGGGCAUCAAAGGCUGAAAAUCCAUAAUAAAUAACCCCCAGUGUGCAUGUAAUUUAAGUACUUUGCUGUUUGAGCCACUUCAUUGUUUCCACACCUCUCUGGU